AUGCGAAGAACUCAACGAGAAGUUUCAAGCGUGGUAGCACGCACUCUUGGUCAACCUCGGUCUUUGCUCACACAGGACGACUCCAAGCACAGGCAGAGCGCUAUCAUUACCUUAUUCUCCCUUGUAAACAUUAAUCUGAGCGUAAAACUGUCAACGUAUAUUCUGCAGAACAUACUCAGUUUAAGCGCUACCUACGGCAGUGUCGGCGGUUCCCACAGUGUCCCUAGCUGUUUUGUCUUUCCGAUGAGUUUACGUUUGCUGGGUUGCACGAUUUCGCAAGAGAUUCUUUAUCCAAGGAAGCAGCCGAAGAACUGCCGAGGUGUCUCAAAUUAGUUUUAUAUCCGGACGAUGUAAAACCGGAUAAAAAUAUUAAGGACCAGUUAA